GCUGCAGCCUGUCCUGAAACACAAAACCUUUCUUGGAAACAGAUUCCAGGAACCUCCGUAAAUCUAAACUGAACUGUGCUGUUCUCUGUCCUUUAGUUCACGGAGUAAAGAGCACACACACUGCGCUCCUCGCUCACACUGUUACCUACAGCGGACACACACGGGAUAUUUUACAAUAGAUAGUUACAAGGAGUUUUCAUUGUCGCUAUAAUCCGAGACUUCUCGCUCAUGAUAUUUAAUUCUAUACUCUGAGAAUUUGAUGGAUUAUGCGCUGGACUGUUUUUUAAACUGGCCGCAAUCCUUAUGAUCUUGCUGGAUUUAAGGUCUACUGUCAGUCUGAAAUGGUUGCCCGGGCGGUGACCAUUUUCCAUCAUGAGGAGCAAGGAGGCUCAUGCUGCCCACAUCCUUCUCCUCCCCCCUGGGACCAAGCAGAGGACCUCAGCUACAUCACCACCACCUUCCAGUAUCUACAGACCUCAGGAUGGUACUGGGGUUCCAUCUCCGCAAGUGAAGCUCGGGAAGCUCUCCUGACAAAGUCUGAAGGUACGUUCCUGGUGCGGGAUAGCAGUCACCCUCAGUAUAUGCUGGCCCUGUCAGUGAAGACCCGCUGUGGACCCACGAGUGUUCGAAUAGAGUACAGCAGGGGCUGUUUCUGGCUGGACUCCAUCUCCCCUGGUCUAUCUCACCUGCAGUCCUUCCCAGAUGUUCUCAGUCUCAUACAGCACUACAAAAGCUCAGGCCACACACCACAGGAACAGGCAUCUAAUGACAUCCACCCCAAAAAAAAGACCGACCCUGCCAGGCACGUGGCUAAAGACAGCGGAGUUCCUCUAAAGUUGAUGCACCCCUUACACAAACCAGAGGCCUUCCCUUCUUUGCAGCAUCUGGCCCGCCUCACUAUCAACAGACACACAAGCUGCACAGACCAGCUGCCACUCCCAAAGCCUCUGCUGCGCUACUUGCAGGACUACCCUUUCCACAUAUAAGAGUCUCUGCCCCUUUAGACACAGGACACAGAGACUGAACACAUGGCUCAGGGUCACACUCCAUGACCACACACACUGUGACUCUGGGACAGUUUGGCCCCCCGGGCAGCAGAGACUGGCCCAGAGGGAGAAUAUUGUAAUGUUUCAAGUACAAUAAACCUCAGUGCAACAUCAGCGCUCAUGAAUGAGCUCAGUCUUAUUACAGUGCUACUGUUGUUCUCCAGAAUAAUAUCUUUAAUAUUUUUAUAUGUUUCAGCUUCUGUGAAUCCAUUUUAUUUCUACAAUGCCAAUACGUAAGCUUUUGUUUUUUUUAAUCUUUACUUGCCCCAUUUAGUAAGAAGAGAGAGACGUACUGGUUUUUAGCAUGAUGUUAGGUCAGUGGCCUCAACUGUGUCUUCAACAAAGCAGCUCAAACUGUUCCAGCAGACAUAACAAUUCAAAUAAUUUGGGUUUUCAUCUUUUUGUUUUUCUCUUCUUUUUUUUUGGGGGGGGGGGCUUACAUUUGCAGAGAGAAAUGUUUAUACACUGUUCAUUAAAUCAAUGAACCUGAUGAAUCAUGGCUAAGCCAACAGUGAUAUCCUGUAACACUUGCAACUUCUGGGAACCAUUAUGGCCAUCCUCACCAUUAAAUAUGUCCCCACAUACUAAUUGAUUUCCUGUUAUGGUUAUCCUGAUGAAAGUGUUCAUGAUCUAGCACAAAAUCCAACAGACUGGAGGGAGAGCAUGAGUGGUCUGUUCCCCUCUGCGUGUCACUGUAAUGAUGCUCUUCCAAUCAAACUAUGAUCAAGAUUUUGAAUAUUCGAGGUUACACUGAUGAGACGUGUUGUAACCAAUAUUUUGAGUGGAUAUAUUGAGGUCAGGCUGACACUACAUGACCUGCAGACUGGAGGGUCACAGGUUGCUGACAAGUCAUUUUAAAAGAUUAGAUAAAGGACAGGGUACAGUGUGUGUUUUGUAUUUCUUUUAUGUGCAGAAUCCUUUUCUUAAAUCAGAUAUCUUCCAUUUGCAGAAGUCAAGCACACCUUUUUACAAAACCACUUCAAGGCUGUUAUGUAAAUCAAACUGUUGUUAGUUAUUAAAGGACAUCUUUUUCCAACUGCUGUUAUUCUCAGAAGAGGAUCAUACAUUCCUGUGGAGAAAUAAACCUCAGGAUUGUCUUUUCACCUGACUGGCCAUUUGAACUUACUGUCUCAACCCUAUUCUUUUUUGGCUUCCUGUCAUAGUCCACCUGCCCACCAGAUACCCUUGGACUUUUUUCCUGUUUCCAGAUCCACCUGCUUCACCUGUUUGGCAUUUCCAAUCACUGGAACUCCCUUGCCUUCCUCAUUUCCCUCCCUGGUACUUAUAACAGCCCUUUUUCCCCUGUCAGUUGCCAGAUUGUUUGCUAAUGACUCUGCAUGUUUUCCUUUGUGCUGCUCACGAUGUGGACUCCUGUUCCUAUUACCUGUAUGUAUACCAGCCUGCCUACCUGUCUAGCCAUUUCCCUGUAAGCCUGCUCCUCAUCACUUAAUCUAUUAAAGUUCCUUCACUACAUCAGCCCGCCAUGUGUGUCUGCAUUUGGGUCCUCCUUGGCUGUGCUCCUACCACCAGCCAUGACAGAUAUCUUCCAUUUGAAAAAGUAAAACACACCCUCUUGCAAAAUCAUUACCCGAAUGAAAG